AUGGGUAACGACGGGGGCGCAAUUGCCAAGCGAGACGAGCUGGUUCGUACGAAAGCCACAUUCGAAAAAGUCGACCCGGAGCUGCUCCGACAAUCUCUUUGGACCGUAUGCUCUCUGUCUCGGCAACCACUCGAGCCGCCUGUCGCAUCUGACGCUCUCGGACACCUGUAUAAUAAGGAUGCUGUGGUAACACACCUUCUCGAACGCCAUCAAAAUGGUAGUUCCGCAUCCUCGACAAAGGCCAUCGACCCAAUCCCACACAUUCGUGGGCUACGCGAUAUCACGCAACUCAAACUCACGCCGAAUACUCUCUACCGUCCACCUUCACCGACAAGGUCGAGCAACGAGUACUCGGUAUACCCCUUCAUGUGCCCACUCUCGUCCAAGCAGAUGGACGGCCAGCAGCGUUUCAUCUACAUCAUCGAUUGCGGCUGCGUUAUGAGUGCCACCGGUUUACGCACCACUGUAGCUGCCGCGAAACCGAGUCAGCCGAUUCCAAACCGGCCGGAGCACAAACCAUGUCCGGUGUGCGGCAAAGCGUUCAACGCGGCAGGCUUGGCCAAAGGCAAGCAGCCCGAGGUGGGAGGCAGUGUGGUAACCAUCAAUCCGUCCGACGCGGAGGAGGCAGAGAUGCGAGCCGCGAUGGAAAACGCGAGGGCCGAACAAACCAAGAAGAAGAAGGCCAAGACAAGGACCGCAGAUCAAGCGAUAGAGAGUGGUGGGCUUGAUAGUGGCCAUGCCAAAGAGGAUCAGGCCGAGCAGAAGCGAAGAAAGGCUGAGAGAAAGUCCGAGAUGCGCGCCAGACUAGCUGCGCUCACUGCCGAACUUACUGCUGAACAGUAG